AUAAAGUAUAAAAGCAUACUAUUAUUUAAUAUGAAAACAAUGUUUAAAGGCUUGAAACUGAUGGUGUCCGUGUUGGCGUUGGCCGCUUAUUCGCUGGCCGCGCCGUCCACCAGACCACAGCCGCAGCCGGCCAAGUCGGCCGAGGACCAGACGGCCCGGGACACGCUACUCGAACUCGCCGCGGCCCUGAUGACUGGUGGAGACAUAGCGUCGGUGGCGGGCGGCCGGAAAACAGAAGUGCACCACCACAAUGAUGGUCAAAGUCACAAGCCGCAACACCACCACGCCAUUUCCACGUUAAUUCAUUUGUUUCUGACCAUCGGUAGCGCGUUUGCUCCACUGGUGGGUGCCAUCGUCGGGCCGCUGUUGACCAACGUAGCUAAUGGCAUAACGUGGGCCAUAUCACACACGAUUGCUUCCGGAUUUUCACCUCCACACGGACUAUUCUCGCCGGAACUCGGCCACGGAACCGAUCACAUCAAAGAACACCUGACAUCUUACGCUGCCGAAGGUCAAUCCGAAACGGGCUCUGACGCGAUUCAUCAAGUACAGCAACCCGCCGCGGCUGUGGAGCCGUCCGAACCAGCGACGGUCGAUGACACCAGACACGAAGUGAAGAAAAUAAUAAUAUGAUGAUCCACCGCAGACGAAUAUAUUUAUUACAGAUUAUAUAUGAUCGCGACGACUACGGUUUCUUUUUUUCCGUAUAG